AUGCCCCCGAUGCAGAAUCUUCCGCCGCCGCUGGUCAACAGGAUCGCUCCGCAUUUCGACAAUUCUACCCCGACGGCAGUGAUUUCCACACAGGCGAGGACGGUGUUCUUGCCGUGCAACGUGCGUCACCUGGGAGACCGAACGGUGUCCUGGAUCCGAAGAACCGUCGACAGCGGCUUGAACGUUCUGACAGUCGGUCGCUUCACCUACACCAUGGAUCAACGUUUCCAGGCGGUCCACUACGAGAACUCCGAGUCGUGGGCCCUGCAAAUAAAGUAUCCCACGGUCAAUGAUAGCGGCGUCUACGAAUGCCAGGUCAGCACGACGCCGAAAAUAAGCCGCUUUGUUCGUCUCGAUAUUGUCGUGAGCAAAGCGCAAAUAGUCGGUGGUCCCACGCUCUACGUCAACGGAGGGGGUGUGCUCCGGCUCUUGUGCCAGAUCAACGGUUUCCCCUCGGGAACGGAAUACGUAUAUUGGUACCGGAACGGAAAAGUGGUGAACUACGAUGAAGAUAUGAAGCAUCGGAUGGUCGUAUCGAUACAUACGACCGACCUUUUCGGGAACAGUAGCAGCAGGAUCCUAUCGACAGACAUAAACCCGAAGAAUCGUACACACAACGUUUCGCCGAGGGCAGAAGCGCCUGCUGCGCCGACGCACGGCCCGCCGUCGCUGUCGUCAGCCACGAAAUCACAGCGAGAAAUCGCGAAGCUAGAGAGCCUCUUGGUGAUCUCAGGAGUUACCUCGGCGGACUCGGGGAGCUACAGCUGCCAACCAUCAAACACGUUACCGGACACCAUUCAGGUGUUCGUUUUGAGCAAUGAUUCGCCCGCGGCCAUGCACGAUAGCGUGGCAGUGUUGACUUCACCGGCAGCGGUAGUUCGGUCGCGUGAGCUUCUGUUGUCCAUGCUUCUGUUACCUCUGUAUCUUCUACGGUGA